AUGUUUGAAGCCCUGCCUGUCUGCCUGCCUGCCCGAUUCUCAUAUCUUCUCCCACCUAUCCCCCUACCCGCGAAUAUGGAACCCCCCAAACCUGCGAAUGUGGAAUCCACUGAGAAACCUACUAAAUCCAAUGAUUUAUACAAAAACAUCAAGAAAAUGAAAACAGUCUGCCGUUAUUGGUUAUUGCAGAACUUCCACCUCUAG